AUGUUUGUCUUGACAGCAUUCGCUGUGGCAGAUGGUGCAGGAAUUGCUGAACAGCCUAUUGAAAUUAUAGUGAAUGUAAUUGACCAGAAUGACAACAAACCAGUCUUUGCUCAAAGCACCUUCCUGGGAGAAGUUGCUGAGAGCUCACCAGAAGGUUCUACGGUGAUUAAGAUUGAGGCCACAGAUUUUGACGAGCCAAAUAGUGACAACUCCGAUAUCCGCUACCGUAUUCUGAGCCAGGAUCCAACUUUGCCCUCAGACCCUCUGUUUGCCAUCAACCCGAUCACUGGCGUCAUCAGAGUCAACGCUGGGCGGCUCGAUCGAGAGAAAUACCCAAAGUACACUCUGGUGGUUCGAGCAGCAGACAUGAGAGGAGAAGGGUUGAAUGGGGAAGCAAAAGUCAUCCUUACGGUCACUGAUAGCAACGACAAUGCUCCGGCCUUCACUCCUUCACUCCAGCCUGCGUGUGAGACAUCAGUUGAAGAAAAUAAAAGGACGCUUGCAUCCAUACAACUUUGUUGGCUGAACAUUUGCAUCCUCUUAACAGUCCCAUAAGGCACUUUUACACAUCAACAUCAGAUUAACCAGGAAAAAAGUGUUUAAGAAACAUAAUGGCCUUAAUUAACCGGUUUUAAUAAUUUGAGAAAAGGGGGGAGUGGUCCUUUUUAAAGCCAAGAACUACAACCAAGAAGAACUCUAACAGUGACUACUUGGCCAGUACACUGCUUUUAAUUGCACCUACUACUAUUCUCUUUACAUCCAUAUAUUGUCCUUUCCGAUACAGCUCUUUGCGAAACUGGUUAGGGCCAUAACAGAAAUGCUCACAUUGGGGGCUUUUAUUUCCCUUAUUUGCACUCAGGGACACCACGAAUCUCUCCUCGCUAAACAUACACACAACCACCAUGGGCAUACUGGACCAGGUCCUCUCCCCAACAGACCUUACUCCUACCAAUCCAGGGUCAACACCUCUCUAAUAAAAGUUAUUUGUAGCUUCCAGGAUGUAAUGUAAGGGAUAACCCUAAAAUGUUUCACCCAUGUUUCAGCCAACUGUAAAGUCACCCCGACAGCAGCAGCAGGUCAAUUUUAAUCCAGUUUUGAGGAACUGAAAAAUCCUGAAAAAAAGUCAUGUUUUGAUUGUACUUGUAUCCCCGCUGUGUUGCUUACAAAAAUCUAAUCUAAUAUUUUUCUUUUAAUAUGAUUCUCAGUUUAGAUCAUUUUAAGGAAUAAGUUUUAGAAAGAGUUUUAACAGCAUAUGUGCGUAUUUUGCUUAUAACUAAUGAAGCAAAAUUAAGUUUCCUUUAAAAAUGUAUUUUCUUUUGCUAUAGUUUCCUUGGCUGAUAUUGUGCAUUAAAUCAAUCAUCAAAUAAAUAUGUACUUCAUCCUUUUGUUCCUCCUACUACAACUAGUAAUAAUACUACUAAUAAUAGUAAAAGUGAUCAUAAAUGUGAAACAAAUUGGAAAACAUGAUUGCAUUAAGAAAUUAUUUCAAAUUCAAAAUACAUGUGUCACACCGCA